CGUGAUGUUACCCAAGCAGGCCCUGCCUCCUCACAGCCCGAUCAGCACCAGCAAGAGGAAAAGGCGACUGGCAGUUACUGUUACCCCAGAAGGAUGGGGGGAUGGCAGUCCGCCCACAGGCAGCAGCGCAGCCUCCCCGAGGGCCAAGAAGCCCAAGUACCUGAGGCACAGGAAGCAGAGGCUGGAGCUACGGAGCUGUGACUCGGGAGUGUGCGAUUUGCAGGAUACCCCCAGCCCAGCGUUAGAGGCAUCCUGGCGGUUACACGAUCCAUUGGACACCUGCCCCUGGACCCCGGACAGGCUGGGCCUGCAGACAUUCAGGGAGUACGGGCGGACCUGCUACCUGUUCAAGAAGAGCCUGGAAACCAACUUUCUCCCGGUAGACUGCUUGGAAAACCAGCCGCAGCUGAAGGCAGACUCCCGCUGUAAGCUCAUCAGCUGGCUGAUCCCUGUGCACAGACACUUUGGCCUUGGCUUCGAGUCCCUGUGUCUUGCAGUCAAUAUCCUGGACCGAUUCCUGUCCUGCAUGCCCGUGGCGUCUGAUUGCUUCCAGUUAGUUGGGGUCACUUCCCUGCUCAUCGCUUGCAAACAGGUAGAGACGCGACCUCCGCCAGUGAAACAUCUGCUUGCCCUUUGUGGUGGUGCCUUCUCCCAUGAACAGCUGUGUAAUUUGGAGUAUGUCAUCCUGCUGAAGCUUCGCUUCAGCCUCGGAGCCCCCACCAUCAACUUCUUUCUGCAGCAUUUCACCCUUCAAAGGAUAACCGAUGGAGAUCUAACCAAGGGAUGGAAAACUUUACCUGUAGCCAGAGCCAUUGCUGAACUGUGCCUAGCGGACUAUGCGUUUAAUUCGUAUUCACCCUCCUUAAUGGCCAUUUGCUGCUUGGCUGUUGCAGAUCGCAUGUUGUGCCAAGACAUGUACGUAGAGACUGGGGGCUUCCAUUACGAUUUACUAAAGGAGUGCAUGGACAAGAUUGAUCUACUCGUCACGUUAAACCAAGAUUCCUUACAUCACCUUCUGCCAGGCGACCUCCGUGACAAGAGUAUGGAUGUGGAUAGCUGAAGACUGUCUGCCUCUUCCUGUUAUUGAGAAGUUUUAACAGGAAUAAAAGUGACUUUUAAAGCUUGAAUUUAGACACUGCUGCCACCAAAAGGCUCCAUGGAUUUUGUCGCACACUAUGACAUGAAGUACUAGUAUUUAUAGAGGAGAUUUGUGUUCUUUUUAUAUAGCAGUAUUGCCAUCUGGUUGCAUACUUGAAUAGUAAAAUAUAUAUUUACUUAAAACGUAUUAUAUUUCUGCUUUGGACUAAUUUUCAAAACUAGGAUGUGAUGAUUACUGAAUGAAUUGUACUACUCGGGUAGUAUGUUUUUUUGCACUGAUUUUUACUGUAAGUUCUUAUAUAUGUAUAUUUUGUACAUAAUAAUAGAGGCACACUUUAUAUUGAUACACAUUUCUGAAAGAGUAAUAUAACUUUUGAAGUUAAUUUCUAAAUAAAAUUUUUAAGCCAUAAAGAAAUUUGUGUGUGUGUGUGUUUUUACAUAAGUUUGUAGAAUAAUCUCUGUGAAAUGUGUAGAAACAGGUUUACAAAAAAAAGGUUUAAUUCUCCUCUGACACUCCAGCUACUGUAGAUUACUAGGAU